AAAAAUAAUCGAUUCGUCUGCAAAAUGGAAGUUUCAAAUUUAAUACGUGUCCUAUAACAUGCAUUCGAUGUAAAAUAAUACCGGAUCAUAUUAUCGGUGUUCUAUAUUUAUCACUUACAUUCGCGUUAACGCUUGAUAAGGAAGAAUCAUUUGCGCAUUAUGAAGAUGAAUGUUACACAAAAUAUUUUUAAAAGUGAUAAAUCUAUAAACGUUUGUAACAGUGUUACCGCGUUAAAAUAUUAUGUGCCUGGUUGCGGUUACGCAGGCGCGUCACAGGCAUCAAGAAUCGAUGAUUUGUCCGAUAUCUCGAAAUCUACAGAUGGCGCGAAUCGAUCGAAAGUAGAAAUCACAGAGAAAUUGCGCGACAGAAAUUAUGGUAUUGUAGCAGCAACAGAGACCGGAAGUAUAUUACAGGAAGCACCAGAACCUCGAGGAGUUCCCGUGGUUGGAACCCUUUUCUCAUUUAUUCUUUCUGGCGGUCCAAAAAGGCAACACGAAUAUGUUGACAGAAGGCACAGGGAAUUAGGUCCCGUUUAUAGAGAACGGAUAGGACCAACUACUGCAGUUUUUGUAAACUCAACCCACGAAUUUCGUAGAAUCUUUCGACUAGAAGGUUCAACACCAAAACACUUCUUACCGGAAGCUUGGACACUUUACAACCAAAUACGGAAAUGUCGUCGCGGUUUACUGUUCAUGAAUGGCGAUGAAUGGAUACAUUUUCGGAAAAUUUUAAACAAAGUGAUGUUAAUACCGGAUCCAACUAAUUUAAUGAUUGAACCGUGUCAAGAGGUAGCAAUGGAACUUAGACAAAAGUGGCAAAAUCAGAUUAAGACUGAUUCUAUCAUAACAAAUUUACAGAUUCAACUUUAUCAAUGGUCUAUCGAAGCAAUGAUGGCCACGUUGAUGGGAUCAUGUUGGCACUCUUACAAGCAAUAUUUAUCUCGAGACUUUGAAGUAUUAGCGGAAACGCUGCAGAAAAUAUUCGAAUACUCGGCUAAAUUAUCCAUAAUACCAGCUAAAUUAGCUAUGAACCUACACCUACCUGUUUGGAAGAAAUUUGUUACAUCUGCAGAUACAGCUUUCGAAAUUGUUCGACUUCUGGUACCGGAAAUGACUAAAUUGGGUGGUAAUGGUUUGAUGAAGAAAAUGAUGGAUGAAGGCAUUAAACCGGAAGAUGUAAUCUGCAUUGUUACCGACUUCAUCUUAGCAGCUGGUGAUACGACAGCGACCACUUUGCAGUGGAUAUUGUUGCUAUUGUGUAAUCAUCCUGAAAAACAAGAAGAAUUAUUUGAGAACUUAAAAGAUCUUCCUCAAAGAGAUUUAUUACAAAUACCUUUGUUAAAAGGUAUAAUCAAAGAAUCUCUUCGAUUAUAUCCUAUAGCUCCAUUUAUAUCUAGAUAUUUACCAGAAGACAAUGUGAUUGGUAAUUACUUUGUUCCAAAAGGGGAAUUACUUGUAUUAUCACUUUAUUCAAGCGGUCGCGAUACUGCGAAUUUUUCGCAACCAAAUGAGUUUCUUCCAGAAAGAUGGAUUAGGACAGAAAAAGGUACUUAUCAAGGUGUAGUGCAUCCACAUGCAAGUUUACCAUUUGCUUUAGGUGCUAGAAGUUGCAUUGGUCGAAAAUUAGCAGAAAUACAAAUAUCGCUUGCAUUAGCAGAGCUUGUUAAAUCAUUCAAAAUAGAUUGUAUAAAUAAGGACCAAGUAAAAUUAAUUUUACAUUUGAUUUCUGUACCAUCAGAGUCGAUAAAAUUAAAGUUGAUGGAGAGAAACCAGUAGCUAAUGUAACAAUACGAAAUAACAUUUAAGAGCAGGAAAGUAUAUCUUUUACUGUUUAUGUUUUUAUUCGUUUGUUUUGAAGCAAUAAUAUCUUAUCUGUAUACAAUUAUACUCAAGAAACUAAGAUUCAAAUAUUUUCGCCAUUAUACAUACAUACAUACACACACGCGCAUACUCACAGGCACGCACGUGUGUAUUGCGCGUGAGUGCAUGUGUAGGUUGAUUAUUUACAUUAUAAUUAUCAGCAUUUAAAUAUAUAUAUUUCUAAUUA